AUGAAUAAUGAACCUGAAAAUUUAUUAAACUAUGCUUUGGUUAAAGAUGUUAACAUCCCAUUAUAGGAAGGUUCUAUGGAAGUUUAAUAUAUAUAAACUAAUGAUGUUUAUUAGAUCAUUUAUUUAGAUGAAGGUUGUUUAUUAUAGAUAUUUAGUUUUCAAAUAUCACAAACCUAAAAUGCACAUUAUAAUUCAGUAAAGGAUAUAGGGGGAAUUUUAAGAGAAAAAUUUCUCUAUGAUCCUUAAAAUUAGAUCUGCAGAAAUUUAUUCUUAUAAAAAAAUGAAAUUGUUGUUGUUAUUUCUGGAACUCCUUCUUAUAAAUUUAGUUUGAUUAUUUAAUGUUAACAGUAGAAUAUAUGUGAUAUUAUUGAAUUAAACUUAUUAUCUGAAUAUCAACAAUAUGGAAAAUCAUACAUAGAUAGAAAAUAUCCUAGUAGUUACUUAAAUGAAAACAUUUUGUCCAUAAUUUAUCAAACAGAUAAUGGUUAUGAUGUUUUAUUGUAUGAUCUUAAAAGUUAGAAUAAUAAAAUUGGACCAAAUUUGGCUAUUGCUCACUCUUCAUCUUUAUUUAAAUAAAGUUCAUUGAUUUCUUUUGUUUACAGUUAUAAAGAGUAAUUGCAUUUAUUGACUUCCGCAGAUAAUAAAUAAAAAUUACAACACUAUUUAUUAAGAAGAUCUCCAUAGGUGUGUGUAGAUUAGGAGUCGGUUACAUAAGAUGUUAAAUUCUUAUUAAGAAAUUCAUAUCAAGAAAAAGAGAUUAAUAUAAAAUUGAAGAUAUCACCAAAAGUUCCACCUAGUCCACCAGAUCCAGGUUCUGAUGAAAAAAGAGGAUUUCCAUUAUGGGCAAUUUUAUUGAUUGUUGGAGGUGUUAUUCUAUUAUUUGGAAUUGGAAUUACGAUUUGGUGUUGUAAGAAAAAGAAAGAAAAAGAUGAUUUAUAUUAAUCUAUUCCAUGA